UUAAAUUGUCUUUUAAACUAAAAUUUCUAUAAAAAUCACCAAAAAAUUCCAAUUUUAAAAUUGUUAUCCUCUCAUAUUGCCGUUCUAUUACAAACCGUAUUACCGACGUCGGUAAUUUAACGCAAUUUCUGGAUAUUGACUAAUUGACAUGCCUGCAUUUGACGGCCGUUAUACGUUGCGCGUCGUAAUUUAAAUCGCAGACUAAAUUUGAUAAGAUCAUACACACACGUUCAUAUCAAACACACAUACGAAUAUACCAUAUGUCGGUUUAUUAAUUUUAAUGACAGUGAUUUUAAUUAGAGAAUAAAUUAUUGUUCACACCAUUACCCGAAAAGUUCUGUUCACCAAAAUGAAAGUAAAUAAAAUCCUACCUUUCGACAGCGAGCUGUUGGACAUUACAAUAUCUUUAAGGCAGCUGGAAGAAAUAUCCAAGGAAAUAUCAUUGCGUGGCCAAGUUAAUGGAUUAAAUGAAGUUGUUUGGGCUCUUAAGGCUCUGACACUGACUGAUCUUACCACUUUGGCCGGUGACGAUACGGAAGCAAAUGUGAGACGACUCUGCCAUAGGGCAGCUUAUCCAUUCCCAUUGCAUUUGUUAGACUCUGCCAUAGACCCUAAUUUGCAUAAGCAAAUCCAUACGGGCGCCGUAUGUGUCUAUCCAGCACGAGUGGCUGAUGCAAGAAACUGCUUUGAGCAAUUAAAAUGUUUUGAGGAUGUCCCAAUAGCUGCAGUUGCCACUGGUUUUCCAACGGGUCAAUAUGGAUUGAAAACUCGCUUGGAGGAGAUAACCUAUGCAAUUGAAUCAGGUGCCAGGGAAAUUGACAUUGUGAUAAACCGUCAAUUAGCAUUGACGGAACAAUGGAAAAAGUUGUAUGAUGAAGUUUGCGAAAUGAGGAAUACAUGUGGCGACAGGGCUCACUUAAAAACAAUUUUAGCAAUUGGUGAAUUGGGUUCAAUGGAGAAUGUCUACAAGGCGUCAAUGGUUUGCAUGAUGGCUGGUGCAGAUUUCAUCAAGACUUCGACCGGCAAGGAAUCUGUAAAUGCAACCAUACCUGUUGGUUUAGUUAUGAUAUGGGCAAUUCAAGAGUUCCUUAGAAAGACAGGGCAAGUAGUUGGACUCAAACCGGCUGGGGGUGUACGUACUGUACGAGAGGCCAUUACAUGGAUGACUUUGGUGAAAGAAACUUUGGGUAUGAAAUGGUUACAACCAGCACUCUUUCGUUUUGGUGCUUCUGGUCUAUUGGAUGAUAUUGAGAAGGUGGUGCGCAAAGGCCUAACAGGCGAGGAAGUAAAGGGAGGAGCAGUAGCAGCAUAUUGAAAAUACCUUGACUGACCCACAGACAAAGGGAACUACCUCAGCAGAUGAAGCAAAAAGCCAUACCUUUGAAUUACAUUUGUUUUGAUGAUUAAUUGUAAAUAAAAUAGUUUUCUUCUACUAAA